GAUGUAAGUACUUAAGAAUAGUAAGUCUAGAGAAGAUCGAAUAAUUUUACUUGCGCCACCUACUUCCGUAAACUUUACUGUAGACAGCAUGGAAAAUAGAAAAGAGAAGAUAUGGGGCAAAAAGAAUGUGGAAAAAGACUUGCUCGAGGUCCCAGAAGGCUGGAAAGAUCCUGGGAUAACCAAAGAGGAUAACCCACAUAGUGUUCUGGCUGAAACCUCCUUUGCAACUUUAUUCCCAAAAUACAGAGAAAAAUAUCUUCGAGAAUGCUGGCCACUUGUAAAAAAGGCACUUGGUGAUUAUCACAUUAAAGCAGAGCUGGACGUGGUAGAGGGCAGUAUGACUGUAGCCACCACCAGAAAAACGUGGGACCCUUACAUCAUUGUCAAGGCUCGCGACUUGAUCAAGCUUCUAGCUAGGAGCGUACCAUAUGAACAGGCCAUCAGAAUCACUGAAGAUGAUAUUGCCUGCGACAUCAUCAAAAUUGGGUCCCUGGUGAGAAACAAAGAAAGAUUUGUCAAACGGCGACAUCGACUUAUAGGUCCUGAUGGUUCCACACUUAAGGCAAUAGAACUACUGACUGGGUGUUAUGUAAUGGUACAAGGUAACACAGUCUCGGCCCUUGGCCCCUACAAAGGACUUAGAGAUGUAAGAAAAAUUGUUGAAGACACUAUGAAAAAUAUCCAUCCGAUCUACAACAUCAAGACACUUAUGAUUAAAAAAGAAUUGGCGAAAGAUCCAAAGCUAAAAGGUGAAAGCUGGGACAGAUUUUUACCUAAGUUUAAAUCCAAAACCAUCAGCAAAAGGAAACAGCCAAAAAAGAAGAGAAUCAAGAAAGAUUACACCCCAUUCCCUCCUCCACAAGUCGAGAGCAAGAUUGACAAGGAGCUGGCUAGCGGAGAGUACUUCCUCCAGGCAAGUCAGAAAAAAGACAAGGCACAGCAGGAGAAGAAAGAAAAGCAAAAGGAGAAUGAAUCGAAGCAGAAGGAAAGACGUGCACAGGCUUUUAUCCCUCCUACAGAGAGCACUCAACCUGCCAAGAAACAGAAAACCUCAGGUUCAGAAGUUGACAUUACAUCUCUAAAGAAGAAAAUAAAGAAAGCUCAAAAGAAGAAAGUGUGAAACAACAUCAGAUCAUUGCAGUAGGAACUGUUUGAUUAGGAAGGAACAGCUUGACAACUUGACAACAUCCAGGACCACUUUCGUAUGAAGGAGGCCCAGUUCUGGUUUAAUGGAAAGCCUAGCCUACAUUAACAUUAAAUGUCCGUGAGGUUUUACUCCUUGUGUUAAUGAUUGCAUUAAAAACUAGACGAAGUGGUUGUUCCAUCCAAACUGUGCUGAACAUUUAAAGCAUUAGGAUGUUCAUAGCUCUGUGAAGAUUGUCUUCUGUCUCCUUCUUAGAAGACUUGGUGAAUAUACUUUAUAGUGGAAAAAACAUUAGAUCUGUGAAAUAUUUUGCCUUCACAGAAAAAAUCUGUAGCCACCCUGUGGAAAUUAUGCCCUUCACUGCAGAGAGCCUAGAUGUAAUCUGUGUAUAAAUUUCCAUGGUCAUAAUGAACUAGCCUCAUUACGAAAGGCAACAAUAAACGAUGAUGAACUUUUUUUCGGAAUUCAGCUUUUAUAUUGAUUGUAUGUGUUUGACAAGUACAGACUGACACAUUUCUUAUCUUAUCAAGAAGGCAUUGGAAAUUCUUAAAAUAGAACAAUCGGUCCCAAGGACUUAUUCAUUUCUCUAACACUGACAGAAAUUCAGAAUUAGAAAUCAUUUUGAACAUAAAACGGGACCCCUGAGGUUCAUUAUUGGCAUGUUUUAUAUUUUGCGGUAAAUGUGAGAAGUCACAUAUUUGUUUUAUGUUUGGAAAUCUUUCGUUUACAUGUACACCAUAAGCAUAUAUGUAGGUUUCCCUAUGAGUAUUAAAAGUUUUAUGUUUGUUUACCAGAGCAUAAGUUGUGUCCCUGUUAGCGGAAAUUGUAUGUUUCCCUGCGAGCAUAAGUUGUAUGUUUCCCUGUGAGCAUUAGUUGUAUGUUUGUUUUCCUGUGAGCAUUAGUUGUAUGUUUCCCUGUGAGCAUUAGUUGUAUGUUUGUUUUCCUGUGAGCAUUAGUUGUAUGUUUCCCUGUGAGCAUUAGUUGUAUGUUUGUUUUCCUGUGAGCAUUAGUUGUAUGUUUGUUUUCCUGUGAGCAUUAAGUUGUAUGUUUUCCUGUUAGCAUUAAGUUGUAUGUUUUCCUGUGAGCAUGAAGAUGUAUGUCUGUUUCCCAGUGAGCAUUAAGUUGUACGUAUCUUUCCCUGUGAGCAGAAGUUGUAUGUUUCACAGUGAGCAUUAAGUUGUAUGUUUGUUUCCCAGUGAGCAUAAGUUGUAUGUUUACCAGUGAGCAUUAAGUUGUACGUAUGUUUCCCAGUGAGCAUAAGUUGUAUGUUUUCCUGUGAGCAUGAAGAUGUAUGUUUGUUUCCAAGUGAGCAUUAAGUUGUACGUAUGUUUCCCAGUGAGCAUAAGUUUUAUGUUUCCCAGUGAGCAUUAAGUUGUACGUAUGUUUGCCUGUGAGCAGAAGUUUAUGUUUGUUGCACUGUGAACACAAGUUCUUUGUUUCCCAGUGAGCAUAAAUUGUAUGUGGGGUCACGGCAUUCUGGCAUUCAAGUAUGAGUUCCUUGUACAGCCCACAACUUUGCUGUCUGAUACUAGAGAAUAGAUGUCUUACAACUUGUGAAUUUCUUUUUUCAGACCACAAAAAUCAUUUGAGUUCAUUUUCCAGAUGGAAUUGCAUUUUUGCUAAUCAUAUGUCAUAUUAAUAAAAUAAAUUAUUAAAUU